UUUGUCAGUUGGUUGCUGUUUCGACAUUUUCUAUUUUUCCAAGCAGUGUAAGACAUCGAAAUGGUGAUUUUUUGCGCAAUUAUUGGCUGCAGCAACUGGGGGGAUCGGGACACAAAAUCUUUUUUUCGGCUGCCCGCCGUUUUGACCCGAGAAGGAGCUGUCACUCUGGAACUCUCCCAGAGCAGACGCGCUAAAUGGCUGUCGCUAAUCGCCCGAGACAUUAAAGAGAGCAACUUGCCGUAUGUACGUUUCUGCUCGGACCAUUUUACAAGCGGAAAGCCCUCUGCAUUGUAUGAUAAUACCAAUCCAGACUGGGCACCAACUGUCAAGCUUGGUCACAGCAACAUAGAUGGUGCAACUGCCACUCGAGACUUGGAGAGGUACCAAAGACGCUGCUACAGGCAGGGACAGAAGUCCAAAUUGGAUGCCGCCGAGGCUCUUCUCAGCUUCAUUCUGUUCCCAAGACCCCCAAACGACAACAGUCCACUUCCGAAGAGGCCUGCCAAACUGACUUGGAUAGCAACUCCAUGA